UGCACACACAAGUGCUAAUACAAUGCCACGUACACAAUAGCGCUUCACGUACUCUAGGGUGUGAGCCACUUGGCCGAUAUAUGUGGAACUUUGGGAUAGGCCAUUUUUUAGACAAGGGAGACUCGUUGAAACGGGAGUAAUUUAGAUCUGGACAAAGCAAAGAAACCUGACCAAGAUGUCUGAUUCCAAAUAUUUUACCACCACCAAGAAGGGUGAAAUCUUUGAACUAAAAGCAGAUCUGAAUAGCGAACGUAAAGAGAAGAAAAAAGAAGCAGUCAAAAAGGUCAUUGCAAGCAUGACAGUAGGCAAGGAUGUUAGUGCCUUGUUUCCUGAUGUUGUCAAUUGUAUGCAGACAGAUAACUUGGAACUGAAGAAGCUUGUUUACCUUUACCUGAUGAACUAUGCCAAAAGCCAGCCGGAUAUGGCAAUUAUGGCUGUCAAUACCUUUGUCAAGGAUUGUGAGGAUCCUAAUCCACUGAUUCGCGCCCUUGCCGUCAGAACCAUGGGAUGUAUCCGAGUGGAUAAGAUCACAGAAUACCUCUGCGAGCCACUGCGCAAGUGUCUAAAAGAUGAAGAUCCUUAUGUUCAGAAGACCGCUGCUGUGUGUGUUGCUAAGCUGUAUGACAUUAACCCCCAGUUGGUAGAAGACCAAGGAUUUACAGAGCAACUCAGGAACCUCCUGACGGCCUCUAAUCCUAUGGUUGUGGCCAAUGCAGUAGCUGCUUUGUCUGAAAUCAACGAAGCCUCACCGACCGCUGCUGGAUUGGACCUCAGCACCUCUACCAUCAACAAGCUUCUCACUGCCCUCAACGAAUGUACUGAAUGGGGACAAAUCUUCAUCCUCGACUCACUUGCCAACUUCAACCCUAAGGAUGAGAAGGAGGCCCAGAGCAUAUGUGAGCGUGUGACACCACGACUGGCCCAUGCCAACGCUGCUGUUGUCUUGUCAUCAGUUAAGGUGUUAAUGAAAUUUAUGGAAUUCAUGAGCCCGAGUAAUGCUUACGUGAACAGUUUGAUUAAGAAAUUAUCUCCACCAUUGGUCACACUGCUGUCCGCUGAACCCGAGGUGCAGUAUGUUGCCCUCCGAAACAUCAAUCUCAUCGUCCAGAAGAGACCUGAGAUUCUGAAACAAGAGAUGAAAGUGUUCUUUGUGAAGUAUAAUGAUCCGAUCUAUGUGAAACUAGAGAAGCUUGACAUCAUGAUCCGUCUUGCCACUGAAGGAAACAUCGCGCAGGUCCUUGCAGAGUUGAAAGAGUAUGCCACGGAAGUUGAUGUGGACUUUGUGAGGAAGUCUGUCCGUGCCAUUGGACGUUGUGCCAUCAAGGUUGAUACAUCUGCUGAGCGUUGUGUUAGCACUCUGCUGGAUCUGAUCCAAACCAAAGUGAACUACGUGGUGCAAGAGGCCAUCGUGGUAAUCAAGGACAUCUUCCGAAAAUAUCCAAACAAGUAUGAGAGCAUCAUUGCCACGUUGUGCGAGAACCUAGACACCCUGGAUGAGCCAGAAGCAAGAGCCUCUAUGAUUUGGAUUAUUGGUGAGUACGCCGAGCGUAUUGAGAAUGCAGAUGAACUCCUGGAGAGCUUCCUGGAAGGAUUCCAUGACGAGAACACCCAGGUCCAACUGCAACUUCUGACAGCCAUUGUCAAACUGUUCUUGAAGCGUCCUCAGGACACUCAGGAACUGGUGCAGCAGGUGCUUAGUCUGGCCACACAGGAUAGUGACAAUCCUGACUUGCGUGACCGUGGUUACAUCUACUGGAGGUUGCUGUCCACCGACCCAGCUGCAGCUAAGGAUGUCGUCCUUGCUGAGAAGCCCCUGAUCUCGGAGGAGACAGACUUGAUUGAGCCCACUCUGUUGGAUGAGCUUAUCUGUCACAUUGCCAGUCUGGCCUCUGUGUACCACAAACCCCCAAGUGCUUUCAUCGAGGGAAGAACUGCUGGUGGCUAUCGACGAUCUCUACCGGCCAGAACACAAGGAAGUUCCGGAUCAACAUCACCCGAGAGUCCCGAAGCCACUCCAGUUGCUGCCCAAGCCCAACAGCCAACUGUCAUCCCGCAGCCCGCUGGCCAAGCUGAUCUUAUCGGGGACCUGCUCAGCAUGGACCUAGGCCCACCUCAACCAUCAGUCAGUAUGACCCAACAACCAUCUGCAGGCAUGGACCUUCUUGGAGGUGGCUUAGACAGCCUGCUUGGCGAUCCAGUUGCACCAGCAGCCUCAGCCCCAGCCGCAGGUGGAGUUGCAAGCCUGGGAGAUAUCUUCAGCCUCGCAGGCCCAGGCUUGAUGGCAGGAGCAGUCACAACACCAAAGACAGUGUGGCUAUCAGCUGCUAAAGGCAAAGGGCUGGAGGUUUCCGGAGUGUUUUCCAGGCGGGGUGGUCAAGUGUAUAUGGACCUGACCAUUUCAAACAAAGCCAUGCAGCAGAUGUGGGGAUUUGCAAUUCAACUCAAUAAAAACAGCUUUGGUCUCACUCCGGCUGCUCCACUGAACAUUCCCGGUGCUCUGAUGCCUGGUCAAAGUUUGGAUUCAUCAUUGGCAUUGAAUACAAUGGGACCAUCGCAACGCAUGGAGCCGCUGAAUAAUUUACAAGUCGCUAUUAAAAACAACAUUGACGUGUUUUACUUCAGCUGUCUUGUUAAUCUGCAUGUUUUGUACACAGAGGAUGGCAAUAUGGAUCGAAAGGUGUUCCUAGCUACCUGGAAGGACAUUCCUCCCUCAAAUGAAGUUAACUUUACCCUCAAGGACAUACACCACUCACCAGAUGUUUUGUCGCAAAAACUAGAGGCUUCCAACGUGUUUACAGUUGCUAGACGACAGGUGGAAGGACAAGAGAUGAUAUAUCAAUCAAUGAAAUUGACCAAUGGUAUUUGGAUAUUGACUGAGCUGAAGAUGAGCCCUGGAAAUCCAACUGUAGGACUGUCAAUCAAAUCCAGAGCUGGGGAAGUUGCAAACUGUGCCAUGGAAUCCUACAAUGCCAUUCUCCACCAAUAAUUCUUGAGAAGUAUUCAAACAAUAUUGAUAUUAUUAUACUUUAGCUUGCAUAUAUAUUUUAUUAUUGUAAGGCAGUGCUCCUUAAACAGCGUCCAAGUCAAUAAAUUUGUACUUAUGAUAGUAGAUAUAUUAUGAGAUUAUAAAAGGAUGUAGUACGGUAGUAAUUGGUUAACAAAAGUAAAAUGUAAAUUAGGAUCUUAUAAUGUUUAAUCCCAAACUUUAACUUCUAUAUAUUAGAUGAUGUUAUAUGUCAUGCUUUCUCAAAAAGGUUGAAAAAUUAACAGUCAAAUUUACCAUGUAUCCUUCUAUACUAUCCUUUUCAUUUAAUUAAUUUUAGAAAUGAAAAAAAAAAAAGGUUUACUGAUUGAACUGUUAUUAUGGAACUAAUUAUUACUUUUGUAGGCCAAGCUAAGCUUAUUUUGGGAAUCAACUAUGGUUCAGAGUAUUACACAAAUUACAAAUGUUAAUAUUCAACUUAGUAAUCAAAGCCGUGUUAUUAUUAUAAUUUAAUAUAGUUUCAUGCUAUAAUCAUGUUAUAGAAAACUCAGCGUAUGUUGUAAAAUUGUUGCCAUACUAACAGUGAUUUUCUUGGAUGGACAUGGUGUUAGAAUUAUUGACAUGCACACUCACCCCUCGCCCCCCCCCCCCCCCCCUAUACUUAUUGUCUUUUUUCCAAGAUGUGAAGCCCAUGUGAAUAUUUAAAAUAAGCAUAUGAAAUAAUUAGACAACUGGACACAUUGAAUUGCAUGCAUUAUUCACUAUUUAUUGUGCUGCGCUAUAAAUGCAAUGUUUGAGAUAAAAAUCAGUCAUACUAUGCAUAUUAAAUUGUCUGUGUACCCUAA